UGCACGUGCUCAUAAUGGACGGCAGAGAAGUGGGACUGCACCUUUAUGGAAGAGAGUUCCAACGACAGAACUAUGUUUGCCCCACAAAUCAUCCGGAGGAAGGCCUUCCUGGUGUUUGGCGAUAUGGGGGCAGAGGAUUUACAGCAAGAAAAAGCCAUCACCUUCAAUGUUAAAGAGUCCUUGCUAGACAUAUUCCGGUACGUGGAAGGAGAAGCCAGCAAGCUGGACUGCGAAAUCAAACGAUAUUCGACUCACGGCAUUCACGUGCCGUGGCCUGAGCAGGAUAAGGAGCUCGAUAGAGAUCUACUCAAUCGCUGGUUCACAGUGACCAUAAAACACACCGAAGACAAGUUCACCACCACCAGCUUCUUGAGGAAGGUGCCAGCACCAGACAGCCAACAGGCAGCUGAUCAUGGAACGAAAGAGGACGAUGAGAAUUCAACAAUUGGUGACACAGACACGCUGCUGGUUAAAGUGGUCUACAUUGUCCGCACAAGCACCCCGUUGAUCCGAGCCAAGCUCAAGCAAGACGUGGUGCUGGACUGCAGCUACAAUAUUGACCACAACGCCGACGUCAUCAUAGAAUGGCGGCACGAGCACGAGAGAAAGAAGACAAAGCUGUUCUCCUACAACGGGCGACACCGCCAGGUCGAGCACCUGGAGAAGGGGGUCGUGGCCUUCGAGGAGCAGAUCAGGAACGGGAACGCUUCGAUCCGCAUCCAGAACUUGGCCGUCAAAGACGAGGGCACCUACAUCUGCUCCGUCUACGUCCCCCCGCUCUUCGGCAUGAGCAUCGUCCUCUUGGAGAUCAUGGAGUCGCCCAUCGUGCAGAUGAACACCGAGCCGCUCGAGCUGAUGGCCGGUGAGGAGCAGAAGCUGACGUGCGAGAUGGCCCGUUACUACCCUCUGGAUGUGUCUGUGAGGUGGCUGCGGCAGUGGGAAGGGCAACGCACGCUGCCCGAUUACCUGGACAACGUGGUCUUCUCGCCCCACAAGAGGAACGCGGACGGCACCUUCAACCUGACCAGCUUCCUGAGGUUCCGUGCGUCGCUCAAGGACAGCGGGGCUCUGUACACGUGUCGCGUCGACCACCUCAGCCUCACGAAAACCAUCAAACGCUCGGUCUCCGUCAAAGUGAAACCUCAACCUCCAGGCUUAGCAGUUUUUCUCAUCGGGUUCUGCGUCAUCGUCCUCUUAGCUGUCCUCAUCGGCCUGUUGUGCUACUUGAGCAAAAGCUGGGAAAGAAACAAGAAGAAGCCGUACUAAAGCAUCGGGCAAGACUCAGGCUGUGGCCGAGCUGAGACAGCAGGAACACUAUUUGUUGCUUCGUGAUGUGUUUCCCCUCUCCCCAAUCAAAGGACGUUAAUUCCUAACGAGACUUAAGUCACAAGAGCGAAGGCCUCAAACUACGUUAAAGCAGUCGGAUUGGCGACUGGGACAACAUUGACGUCAGAGUCUCAGGAUGAACGUGAAAAUGAUUUCACUGAACUUUUUCAAAGCAUAGUUCUCUGGACUCGGACGCGCAGGGCCCACAAGAUCACAGAAUUUCUUAUUGUGACGUUUAUAUAGUUUCGGCCACAAAAUACACAGUCAAUCAGUUUACAGUAUAUUCUGUGAA